AUGACUCACUUUUUUUUCAGUGAGCCCAGGUUCCAGCGUUUCGUUGCGAGGCUGACCAGAGAGAAGGUGGAGAAAUUUAUCGUCGCUCUCCUGGCUCGUGCCGCCGAGCACGCCGACGUGGCUCAGGACAUAUUCUUCCCGUUCACCUUCGACAGCACAUGUAACAUGGCCUUUGGAGCGGACCCGGGCAGCCUGUCGCUCGACCUCCAUUCCGUGCCCUUCAUCAACGCUCAGGACUACAUGUUGGAGGUCAUGUUCUUCCGGCACGUUGUGCCCAUGGGUUGGUGGAAGCUCCUGAGGUGGCUACAUGUGGGGAAAGAGAAGAAGAUGGCACUGGCGUUGGAAACCAUCGAAAACUUCUUAGCCGUGCGGAUCGCAGAGAGGAUGGACGAGGUGGCGAAGCUCAGACACGACAAGAGUACGGAGGAGGAACAGACUUCGGACUUGCUGACUUCGUACUUACGCCGUCAAGCCAAAGGCGACGAUCAUACCUUCCGCUCCAACAAGUUCGUACGAGACGCGAUAUUCAACUUGAUGCUGGCCGGAAGAGACGCUACUGGCACGGGCCUCACAUGGUUCUUCUGGGUGGUCUCCCAACGUCCUGAUGUGGAGCGGAAGAUCCUCGAUGAGCUGAAGCCAAUUAUAACGGGUCUUCCCGAGUCCCGUCGCCGUGACCCGGUCGUCUUUAGAGUCGACGAUCUCAGCUCAGCGGUUUACUUGGAGGCAACCCUGCGCGAGGCCCUGAGGCUGUUCCCUCCCGUUCCCCUCGAGUACAAGUGCGCCGCGCGGGCGGACGUCCUUCCCAGCGGUCACAAGGUAGACCCAAAGGCGAAGAUAGUCAUACCUCUGUACGCUAUGGCAAGGGUGGAAGGCAUCUGGGGGAAGGGUUGCUGCGAGUUCAAACCGGAGCGGUGGAUCUCCGACGACGGGAAGCUGAAGCAUGAGUCUUCGUACAAGUUCCUCUCAUUUAACUACGGGCUGAGAAUCUACCUCGGCAAGGAUAUUGCCUACACCUAGGUGAAGGUGGUGGCAGCCACUCUGCUCCACGACUUCAGCAUCACGGUGGUAAAAGGUCAUGUCGUGGCGCCCAGUCUCUCCAUUAUCUUUCGCAUGAAGCAAGGGUUGAGGGUAAGUGACGAGAAAAGGGUCUGA